AUGUUCCUGAGUGAUAAUGCAUUCACUGUGAGCUCAAACCUAAAGAGGUUUUCGACGACGUUGGUUCUUCCUCCUCGUCCUGCGCCGCGAUCUCUCCUCCUCAGACUCCCUCGUCUCCGUCGAUUAGUUUCUCUAAAGAAAAUGCCAAAGGUUAAGACCAACCGAGUCAAGUACCCACAAGGAUGGGAGUUGAUUGAGCCUACUCUUCGACAACUAGAUGCACAGAUGAGAGAAGCUGAGAUGGAUACACAUGAUGGCAAGAGAAAGUGUGAAACUUUAUGGCCAAUCUUCAAAGUGUCUCACCAGAGGAGUCGUUAUGUAUAUGAGCUUUACUACCGAAGGGAGGAAAUAUCUAAAGAGCUCUAUGAGUUCUGCUUGGAUCAGGGCUAUGCAGAUCGUAGCCUCAUUGCCAAAUGGAAAAAGUCGGGAUAUGAACGUUUGUGCUGCUUGCGCUGCAUACAGCCAAGAGACCACAACUAUGGAACAACAUGUGUAUGCCGUGUUCCCAAGAAACUGCGUGAAGAGAAAGCGGUUGAAUGCGUUCACUGCGGUUGUCAAGGAUGCGCCAGUGGCGAUUAA